AUGACGCUUCUCAAACCAAAGUCUCAGACCACGGGAGGAGGAACCAACUCCACCUCACCCUCUCCUCCCUCCUCAUCAUCCUCACCAUCCUCCCUAUCAUCAUCCUCCUCAUCACAAUCAACCGCCCACGACCUCAACUGCCUAACCAUCACCGAACUCGAAACCCUCGCCUACGAGCGCAUGGACAAGCAAACGCGCGACUACUACAAUGAAGGCGCCGACGACGGCAGCACGCUCAAGGAAAACAUGACCGCCUACCGCCGGUACCGGAUCCGACCCCGAGUUCUCCGCGACAUAUCCUCCAUCGACACCAGCACCGUCGUUUUUGGCACCCGCGUCAGCGUCCCCUUUGGCGUGGCCCCCACGGCAAUGCAAUGUCUGGCCCACGAGGAUGGCGAAAUCGCCACUGCACGCGCGUGUCGUGCCAAGGGUGUGGCUAUGGGGUUGAGUAGUUUUUCCACGAGUACGUUGGAGGAUGUUGCUGAUGCUAUUACCACCGGAGGGCCUACGACCGAAGGGAAGUCGACCGACGGCAACCCUAACACUACCACCAGUGGCACAAAAAGAAGUGCUGAUCAUCCCCCCUACGCUCUUCAACUCUAUCUCUUCGAAGAACGGAAACACAGCCUCAAACUAAUCAACCGCGCCAAACGGGCCGGCUACAAAGCUGUGCUGUUGACGGUCGACACGCCAAUGCUGGGUCGUCGCAACCUCGAGAUCCGGAACCAGUUCAAGUUACCGCGACAUUUGAAGAUUGCCAAUUUUGCGCAACAGGGCGAAGAUGAUGUUGAUGAUGCCAGUGUGGUGGAUACGAAAGAUCGUGGUAGUAUUGGUACCGCUAGCACCACCACCACCACCACCAACAAUAAUACCGAGGGUGAUACCUCGGUCCGUAAAUCCAAAAGAUCGCCUCCAUCCGGCCCCAUAACAUUCCACACGCACGCGCCCAAUCCCACACUAACAUGGGAAGAAUCGAUUCCCUGGCUUCGCCAAGUAUGCGGCUCCGAAAUGCAAGUCUGGGUGAAAGGGAUCGCGACGGCCGAAGACGCCCUUUUGGCACUCCACCACGGCGUCGACGGAAUCAUCGUGUCGAACCAUGGCGGUCGACAACUUAAUGGGGCCCUUGCGACACUCGAUGCGUUGCCUGAAGUCGUGGAUGCGGUUCAGGGAAAGAUUCCUGUUCAUGUCGAUGGCGGCGUGAGACAUGGGUCGGAUGUGUUCAAGGCUCUGGCCCUUGGGGCGGAUUUUGUGUGGAUUGGAAGACCUAUCUUGUGGGGAUUGGCGUAUAAGGGGCAGGCGGGGGUUGAGUCGUGUCUCAGGUUGUUGAUGGAUGAGUUUAGGUUGUGUAUGGGCCUUGCGGGGGUUACGGAGGUCAAAGGGGUUGGGAAGGAGUAUUUGUGUAGGCUUGGGAUGGAUGGGAGGGUGAGUAAAUUGUAG